ACCGUGGAACAGCCCCGUCCAGGCUGUGAAGCUGGGCGGCUGCAGUUAACCACCGUGCUGAGGCAGACAGACAGGGUCAGCCGUGACUUCAACCCGAAUAAAGGUUCCUUAUUUGGCGUUUUUCAUACCGCCUCUUUGGAAGAACAUCUCGACUAAAACUUUAGCAUUUGAUAUGCCAAACUAGUUUUGUGGGAGCUUGUGGACGAGAGGACACCGACGAAGGACGAGGAUGAUGAGCACCAAGAGGAAGGCCGAGAGUCUCCGACCUUGCAUCAUGAAGUGCGGAGGCUCCCAGGUGGACUCAGAAAGAGACUCUGGAUUCUCAGACGCCAGCUCAGAACACCAGAGCACCAUGGACACCACGGACUCUGAGGAUUCUCCUCAGCCCAGAGGGCAGAAAGGGGCGACGGGUGCUGGUUCAGGCCCAAAGCCCUCCCAGCUGGCUGUGGUUGGAGGCUCCUACUCCGGACUCUCGCCUAUGAUCAUAAUGAACAACGUUGUGCUCAAGCAGCCUGUGGAGAACCCGCCCUCUCUGAAGCCGUGGGGCUUCAGCCCCGCUGUGGAAGUGGUGCAGCCCGUGGUGCCGCAGUCGCAGGUGGUCUUUCUGCAGCCGGUGGUCUCCCGCCAAGCUUCGCCAUCCUCCAAGGAGGCCGCCUCCAAGCACAGACGCUCUAAAAAGUAUUUUCCAAUCUUAAAGUCCUACCCUAAGAUCGCCCCUCAUCCUGGGGACAGCUCUGCUUCCUCGGGAAGAGGAACUGCUUCUUCUUCUUCUUCUUCUUCCUUCUCCACCACCUCGUCUUCAUCGGGGUCAGAGAAAUGCAGCUCGUUGACCUCCAACCUUUGGGAACAAUGUCCGAGAGAGAAGGUGCAGAGAUCUCUGUGUAGCAGCACCAGCAACUCCAGAGCUGCUUCCCCCAGUCUUCCUGGUACUCCCAGUACUCCCAGUACCAUGUCCCCGCUGCUCCAGAGCAGACUCUCCCUCCCCGCAGCAGAAACCAGCAGCGGCGUCACGCCCGCCACAGAGAGGCCUUCGUCGGCGGCCGACACCCCGCCCUUCGGUCACUCCACGAACCAGGCGCUCACGCUGGACAGCAUCUCCUCUCUGGAGUGCAACGAGAGCGACGGCAACCCGGACACCAAGAGGAAGCGCUUCUGCAACACGUACAACAUCCUGAGCAAGUCGGGCCUGCUGGACAUCACACUCCGCACCAAGGAGCUGCUCCGGCAGAACCAAAGCACGCAGAACGAGCUGGACCGGCUGAAGAAGCACACGGACCUGUUCUUCCAGGCGCUGCAGAGCGGGGACACCAGCAUCUGCAUGAAGCUGCUCACCAGUCUCCGGGAGGAGGACAGGGACAGAGCUGCUCAGCUGUGAGCCGGUAGACUCAGAGGAAGACCAGGAAGUGCGGGGGAGAGGGGGAGGCGCGGCGAGGCAGAUGGGCUGAAAGUAAUGCGCUCUACAUUAGCGACCCCUCCCCCAGGCGCGCACAGACAACACACUGUGGCCUACAUUUCAGCAGUCAUUUGCCUUCGGGUCGGUUCCUGAUGCACCAAACUGACCUAAAAAUCAUCAAAGCACUUGUCCGCUUGCACUCUACUUGUACAAUGUUCCGUAACACUGUAACUGGAUCCUGCAAAUUUCCUUCACUAAUGCGUCUGUGGAACAGAUUCAAUCCAAAGUCUUCUUGCAGUGCACAAAAAGAAUUUCUAAUGUAUGUAGUUAAAUAAAGCAUCAACAAACAUUAAUUACUACAGACUCCAAAACUCAACUUUCUAGAACCUUUUUAUCUAACCAGGCUGUAAAAGGAUUCAUUCCGACUGUGUGCUAAUAAACUUUGUUGUGUUUAUUAGGGAUGCACCGAUCCACUUUUUUCACUUCAGAUACUGAUACCGAUCUGAUACUGAAAAACAGCUGAAUUGACUUAAAACAUUUCUUUUUUUUUAAUUACAGACAUAAAUCUACUGAAUUACAGAUGUAUUAGAUAACUCUGUACCAGCACAGCACACAUAAAUACACCAAUAGCUUCAUAAUCUUGGUCAAACAUGUAAAAACAACUUUAAUUUGCUCAGUUAGUGCAAUUAGGAGCAUAACAGAUGAUGUAAAAUCAAUAACAAAGAAACUUAUACAAUAGGUUGACUACUUUGGUCAAACGGGUAAAAAUAAAUUGUAACAAACCUUUUUUUUCUAAUGGUUCAGAAAGUGCCAUUAGGAAUGCUAAAUAUAGUGAGAAAUAAAUAUAGCAUGAUGUUGCUCAGAGCACAAAGCGUAGAAUUAGACUGAAUAGAUCUACCCUUAUGAAUUGGACAUAUUUUCACUGAUUUCUUUUCCAUAUCGGAUCAAUAUAAAUAUUAAUAUCGGAUCGGUUCAUCUCUAGUGUGUAUAGAUUAUGUCCCCUACUGCUAAGUUGUUCCUCCUCCUGCAGAGAUGGUCACAAAUGCAGUGUUAUUUUUAUUUAAAUUUAACCUUUUUGAAAGAUUAACAAACCUUUACGGCUGUAAUCACUUUAAUCUGAAUGCCAUAAUAUAAAUGCUGGAAGAUAUUCCAACUUUUAUGAGUUUAAAUCUCUGUUUAAAAGGUCUUUGAGAAGAGCUUUACUUGGUCUGUGUCUCCAUGGAGACGCUUAAAGAGGAGGUCCACGCUUCCAAUGAUUACAUUUUUCCACGCGUUACUGGAUUUCAUCAAUAUAUUUCAUUUAGCAUUCUGUAAAACACUUCAAUGUCGAGCCCAAGUUGUUUUGAGUCAAUUGUUGUCUCCAGUCAAAACUACAGAAGUUGACUGAAAAUAUGGACUUAAAGGAGCGAAAACUGAGAAACGACGGAGUAAAAAUUCUGGAGAUAUUCAGCUAGUAUGAAAUAUUUAGCGAAAAUGCAGGGAGAGGAAAAACUAACGCAGAAACACAAAUUUAGAGGCCAACAAGUUUAUUCUGUGUGGGGGGGGAAAAAAGAGGAUUUCAUCCUAAUGUGCGCCUGAUAUUCUGAUAACACUUUAUAUGUCAUCUUGUUACAUUAUCUCUCAUUCAUUUGACUCUCUAAACAUAAUUUCACAGGUGUGUUUAACUGACUCCAGGUUUGGACAUGUUGAAAAUGUUAAGAGCAUUUUGCCAGUUUGUAGCAUAAAACAGCCAAACGUGCAUGAAGUGUACUUAUCCUCUGCUUGUCUGUUUUAGCUGUUUUAUGUUGAGUGUUUUUGUGUUGUGGUCUCAUCAGGUUGGCAGACAUUCAUGCUCAAAUUGUCUGGAGAAAAAAAAAAAAGCGUUUAAUGACCAGUUAGAUUCCUCUGCGAUAACGGCUCACUGUCUUGGAGUUAAAACGUGUUUAUUGGUCACUUCUGAACGGGUCUGUACUCUUUUCUUCAGCUUUAUUGUUUUUAAAUAUUCAGAACAGUGUAAAGUAGGGUGACUGAGUCUGUUUUUAUGUUGUCUUUUCUUCUGUAUUUUUUUUUUUAUAUAUUUUUUUUAAAAAGUGUGUAUUUAAAUUUACUUUUGUUCAAAAUGACAGAAGUAUUAAGGCAGCUACUGAUGAAAGCCAGUAGUUUUCAACCUCAUCAAUCCAGAUUAUUUUUUUUUACUCUAAAUUUAAAUUUGUUUUUAGUAGAUCAUGGCCUUAAAAUUUUAAUUACGUGCAAGUUGAAGAAGAAAUUUGCACUAAAAUCUAAGAGAAGCUUUGAAACAAUUUGUGGCUGAAUUAAAUGGCAGCUGUGGCACUGUAGCUUAUUUAAGGUGAACAUCAUUUUUUACUUUUUUUAUUUUUACACUAGGUGCAUUACCAGACAUUACAACUGCACAGCCUGAACGGUGUGGCGAUUUUUAUUUGAUCUAAUUGUAGUCAACUCGUAGCUAUUUGAUAUUUGUUGCUUAUACUGAGAUACCGUGGUCCAUAUUUAACAUCAUGCGUAAAAUAUGAGUUUUAUAAUAUUGCCAUCUAAACUGCUGUAAAUGGGAAAAUGUUGUUUAAAAGGUAUGCGAUGGAGAAUGUGAGAAAAUAUUUCUUCAAAGCUCAAAAGUAAUUUUUGUUUGUAAAUUACACAUUUUAUCCCAUUUUAAUGACUAUUUUUGCUUUAAUAGACACGUCAACAACUCUGUUCUCCACACUGUCAGUUAAUAUGUAUGCACAGUUCAUACUAUUAAAUUUUUUUAUUAUUAAAUGUAAAGUGGAUGUUUUGUGGCUGCUUCACAAAAUCGAUUUAGCGUGAGCUAAGAGGAGCUUUGUGUUAAAGAUGUUGGAGGUCAUCAUCACUCCUCCCAUUGUUUUUCACUGCAGUGCACCAUUUCCACUGUCAGCGGACCAGCUUUAUGCUGUACAGUCUUUAACGUUUUACGGUCUGUCUCAAUAUUAUAUCUGUUCAUCUGAAUUGAUCUCUACAUGUUGAUAGAUAUCCGGAAAACCUCACGAGUUGAAAGGUUUUCACCUUCUGACGCAAAGACUCACCAAUACAAACCUUUUUUGUUUUUCUCUCUGAUACGAAUUACUUGUCUGGUAUUUGUCUACAAACAGUCCUGCAGGUGCUGCCUGACCUUUGACUUUGCUGCUCUAAAAGGCCACAGCUUACAUUGUUUCCCCCCCCUCUAAACUAAAUCAAAUUUCUCAUUUGUAAAUUAUUAUCUGUAAAGCCUUAAAAUGUCCAAGGUAGAGAAGUAAAGCCUUUCCUUUUGUGAAAACAUAAACCGGUUUCGCUAUUUCAGCUUAGUUUAAAUGGUUAAUUUGUAGAAUGUUUCUGAGACGGAGAUUAAUAAUCUAUGAUUUAAUUAACUUUAUAUAGUUUGAUGGCCUUUAGCUGACUCAAAAUCUUCCAGUUGGGAUGCAGUAUAUGUGCUCUUGCAAUUUAAUGAAUAACACUAGAAGUCAAAAGAUCGUUGUAGUCAUUGUGAAGUGGUCAUAUUUGGUCAUGAGAAUUUACAAUGUCGGCUUCCAAAAUGUUGAUUGAAACAAAGUAGUUUUCAUGUACAAUGGGAAACUUUUGAAGUAUGCUUGAAAAUUGGCAGCUUUAAAUUCUUUUGUCUGUAUAUUUUUUUUUAAAAUGUUAAGAAUUGGGAUUGUUUAUUAAAAAUGCACAAAUGGCGAUGUAGAUAUUGCGAGCUAAAAUUUUUUUAAAGGUGUAAUAGAAAAAUAAACGAGUUAAUUUAAUCGAGUCAUUCUGACUUGCAAGCAAUAAGUUCUUGUUUUCUAACAUUUGUGGUUGGUGAACAUAGAAAACUGACUAAAUCAUAACUUUGUAUGGGUUUUAAUGUGAACUCACUUCAAUAAGACUGAGUUAUGGUUUGGGUUAAUAUCCUGUUUUGUUUUGUAUGUUUACAUUUAAGAUGUAAUUGCCUGUGUAAUAAAUAUUAUUU